UCCAUGUGACUUUGACGCAACGCACCCAAGGUCUCGGUGUUUAUUUUGACGCCGAAGGGAACACUUGUCGCUGGUGCAGAGUUGUGGAAAGUCGUGUUAUUCAUUCGUUCCCUCGCGUCCUCGGCAAAGAUGCUGAGGAAUCCGUCGGCAGAGCGGAAUCGCGGUCCGAUUCUGGAUGUACUAAAACGUGAAUUGGCCCCAUCUGGUGAAUGUUCGACAGUUCUCGAAGUGGCAUCCGGAACUGGUCAGCAUGUUGUGCACUUUGCCAAGGAAUUCCCCCAUGUUGUAUUCCAACCAACUGAAAUCAACGAUAAUCUCUUAGAAUCCAUCCGGACAUUCGUACAACACUGUCCCGAACAGAAUAUUCAUCCUCCUGUGCGUGUUGACAUCACAAGGCCAUGCGAAUCCUGGUCCCAUGAAUUAUUCAGCGGAAACCUUCGUAGCAAGACAAUUGACUACAUCAUCAACAUCAACAUGAUUCACAUCACGCCGAUCGAAACCACCGAAGGACUCUUCAGGAACUCCUCAAAGUUGCUCCGCGCAGGUGGCCUUCUCAUCACAUACGGUCCCUUCGGGGAGAACGGGGUGAUAUCACCCGAAAGCAAUGUCAACUUCGACCGCAUGCUCCGAUCCCAAGACCCAAGGUGGGGCAUCAAGGAUCUCCUGGCCCUGGAAAAGCUCGCCAGUAAUUUUCGCAUCAACCUUGUGCGCCAAUACGCCAUGCCAUCCAACAACCGAUGCGUCAUCUGGCAAAAAGUUUGAUCCGUCCACUUUUUUAUCUAUAUCCUUCACCCCCCUACCACCACCCUCGCCCCAAUCCCUCCCAUUUAUAUCACACUCCUUUUUUCCCUUCAUAUUUUUCUUUUCUUUACUUCCUCUUUAACCCUUUCACAUCCUACAAAUAUCCACUCAACUCUGCAAUUUGUCACCUGCAAAGAAAAAGGGUAAGAAACAAAUAUUUGACUCUUCAUUCAGAAACUAGAAAUUUCAGAGCAAAAGAUGACGUUAAGAAUCCUCAAUUCAAACAAACAGCAGAGUUGUUGUAAUAAAUCAUAAAUUCAAGAUCAGAGAUUUAUCCAUGUUUUUUUGUAUUGCACUAUGUGACAUUUUUAUCAAUCUUAUUAUAAAUGUGAAUUUUAAGAAAUGAAACAAGAUCUUCAAUGUGAUUCAACAUUGCUUAAAAUAAUUCUUGAAAUAAAAUUAAUUUUAAAAGUUUCUGGAAAUAAAUAUGAAAAAUAAAAAAAAAACACAUUUAAAAGGAGAAUUCAAAUUAUUUGCAAACUAUGACACAUAAUACAGGCCUGAGAAUAAUUGUAACUGUGUUAUCACAAUUGCACAUUAAAAUUUUAAUAUGAUUCACAUUAAUUGUAGCUAGUGAGAGUCCAAAUGUGUAAUUUAUGUGUUUGAAUCAUUUUAUAUUCAAAAUUUAAUCUAUUUGUUGAUAAAAGGUAGACUUGACCCGCAAAAUUUGAUAUAAAUUGAUUUAUAGCAUUAAUGCGAAAAGUUAAUGCGAUUUUCUCAUUAAUUUUUUAAUGUGAAAAAUAUUUAUGGUUUAGGUCAAUUUAAACUUAUUUUUGCAGACCAAGUCCACUUCUUUAUCAAUAAAUAGAAAACCCCCAAAUAUUCAGUGACUCAAAGAUACAAAUAACAUAUUUGGACGCUCACAAGCGACAAUUAAUGUGAAUCAUAUUAAAAUUUUAAUGUUCAAGUGUGAUAACGCCGUUAGCAUUUUAACUAUUACUUGGUUGCAAUGAAUCAAGAAAAUGUUUAUCAAUUUGAUUUUAGUUUGAUUUUGGAUCUUGAAUCUUAAUUCCUCAAAACAAAAAAAAAUAAAAUAAAAGGAUUUCGAGCAGACGGAAAAUCUUUAAUAGAAGUGAAGUUUGUAAAACCAACACUAAUUGCGCUGUAGACUAAAAUAUGUCAGAAGUAAUUUUUUCCAAAGAUAUUUUGAAAGCAAAAACAGCGACCUAAUUUAGAAUUAAAUAUCUUAGACCGCAGAAUUUAUAUAAAAAUGAAAAUCGCUCAAUUAGUUGAAUAGGAAGAUCUUCAAAAAUUUGACACUUACUUUUCUUUUUUGACAACGAAUGGUAUUUUUUCAAUUUAUGUUUAACAAGAACAAUAAAGGAAUCUUGUGCCCCUGUACUUCCAACGAAUAAAAUAAAAAAUUAAAAUUGAAAUUGAAGGAAAAAUUGCUCGAUAUUGUUUUAAAAACAAUUUAAUGUGCCCUUAAUUUCGCCCCCCUUCCCUUCCCCUUCCCCACCAAAACCAUGUUUUUCUUGGGAUUGAUUGCUCGAAAACGUGUCGUGUGAUUUUUUUUUUCAUUUUUUAAUGUUUUAGAGGUUACCGAGGCGGCCACUCGCUCAUAUACGAAAAUAUCGUUGAAUUAUUCCUAAUAACAGUUUUUCAAGGUCAAAGGUUUAAAAAGAUCAAGAGAGCGUAUUUCUCAACCGAAUGUUGUCAUAUUUUCACUCGUUGGAAAGGUCUUGGAAUUCUUGACAAUCAUGAACCGAUUCCAAUCGGUUAUGAACUGGUAAUGAACCGGUUAAUGACCGAUAACUAAUUUUUAUACAAAAUUCAAUUACCGAGAUUACCCAAGCUGAUAUUCGUUCAUAUACGAAAAUGCCGUUGAAUCAUUCCUAAUAACGAGUUUUCAAGGUCAAAUGUCAAAAACCCUUUAGAAAGCGUAUUUAUCAGCCGAAUGGAGCCGUGUUUGGGCAUUUUGGAAAGGUUUUGGAAUUUCUGACAAGAAUGAACCAGUUUCAAUCGGUUGUAAACCGAUAAUGAAUCUGUUAUGAAGUGAUAAGUAGUCUGAAAAUUAAUUGUAUUAAUCCUAAACUGUUUUAAUGAUUCAUGAAUCGGUUUAUAUUAGUUGAGAACCGAUAAACAGUAAAUUAUGUCGAAGUACUUAUCUAGCCCUUUUGAUUGUAAACCAGAUUUCAAUAGGAGAGACAUGUAAAAAGAAAUUUAAGGAUAAAAUUUAAUGUAAAAUGUCCGUGAGAUACCGAUAAGAAAACCUAGUCUUUCGAGAAAGAAAGGAAUGGAACCUAAGUUUGAUAAUUUCGUCCCAUUUACGCAUUUUUCCAUAACAAAUUUAUAAGUUACUCCUAUUAUUUAUUCUGUUCUUCUUAUACGAUCAGUAAAAUUAUUCCCAGGCCUGUAUAAAAACUAACUUCUGUUAAAAGAUCAAUUUUUGACUAUACUUAAUAAUUUUUCAAAAUAAAAAAAAAUCAAUUUUCCUAAAACAGAUUAAAUUUUCCUCAGAAGAAUUAUGUUGAUAAAUUUUCAAAAUCUUCAUGGAAAAUUUUAUAAAUUAUAAUAGAAAAAAUUAGUGGAAAGAAAAUGUAUUUUGUACUUAAUAUUCAUAUCAAAUUUCAGAAAUUAUUACAAUUAGAAAAUUUAAUGCCAGUUUAAGAAAUCCUAACAUCAAAACCUAAAAUUUAACUUUGGUAUUCUGUUUCAAAUUUAAAACAUUCAAAGUGGAAAGGUUUUUUUUUUGUAAUUGACACUAUUCAGAUUUUUAGUUCUUUUUCGACUAUUACAAGUCGAAUGAAGUUUAAGAGUUCUCUGUUAAAAAUGGUCAAGUUUUUCUCGGAAAAAGGAAGUUCUGUAUUCUUGGUCUUGGAGAACUUUAAAACAACUGUAACUUUUGAGAAAUGCGUUUCAUUACGAAGCUUAGGAUCGAACGAAACAUUGGCACUUUCCCCUUAUAUCAGUUUCGCUACAGAUUCAUAACGAGUUGACAUCAAUUUAUUCAUAUUUGUUUAAAAUUUAAGUGAAUUCUAUCUAAUUUGACAAUUUGUAAUGUAGCAUGACGGAUUUUUUCAUUCCUUUCACAGAUUUCAAAAUUUCAAUGUUGAAAAGCUUCCAAUGCCAAAACCUAUCAAUUUUCUGAAUGGAGUAAUGGUCAAAUUUGACUUCUAAUUGAUCAUUUUUAAUUUUCUUUUAAGUCACAGCUAUAUUUUUAGGUUAAUAGGUAAUUCAAAAAUUUGUAAUUUACCUUACAAAGCAUUCAUUUUUGCAAAAUUAAAAAGAAAAAUUGCUCGUUACGUCAAACAGAAAUACGUGUUCAUAAAUACAUUUUUUUCAAUUUUCUCUAAAAACUGGCAUUAAAUUACCAAUUUUAAAAGUUCUAUUUUAUUUUUAUGAAGUAAUAUGACAUUAGUGAACAUUAAAACUCUUAGAAAUAGAGCAAAAAAAUAUUAAUAGUUCUUAAAUUUCUUUCUGUUUUGGAAAAAAGUUAAUUUACUAUUUUAUAAAAUGGAUUUAAAGCAAUUGGUAUUUUUUUUUGCAUUAAUUUGACUAUAAGCAAAAAAAUGUUAAAACGUCCUAACAUAUUCUUUUUUUUAUUUUAAGAAUAUAAAUUUUUAGAGUUUCUGAAUUUUAAUAUCUGAAGUAGACGUAGUUUAUAAAAUAUUUUUAAAAUUGUAUUUGUAGUAGAGCAUAGUUCAAAUAUAAUUAAAUAUUUAAUCCCUCUAAAUAUUUUAGUCUCGUGACGUCCUCUGAUUGGCUACAGCUUUAAAUGUCAUCAAGCUCGAGCCAAUCAGAGAACGAAAAGUAAUUUAAAUAUUUAUUAGAUUAAAUAUUCAAUUGCAUUUGAAUAAAGUGCAAGCUGUAAGUAUUUGCUGUUGUCAAAUUUUAAUAGAUUUGCAAUUUUCAAAAAAGAUCUUUUAUAAUAUUAAGAAAUAAAUCAUAUAUUUUUUCAUAAAAUCUCAGUAAAUAUUCAAAUAGGAAAAGAAAAACAUAAAGAUCUUGCCAAUAUCUCAAAAUAAGCAAAAACAAAAAAGACAUUUUUACUACAAAUCUCCUGUUGUGAUUGAGAAAUAUUUUCCCUGUUUUGAAAUUGAAUGUAUAUCAAUAUUUUGUGCUUCAGAAUAAACGAGUGGUUUUACUUACUUUUGUAGUCAGCUAAAGCCUGAGCCAGGUACAAUUCCAUUUGUACCUUUGUGUAGAGUUCCUUCUCAGACUUCUUGUAAACCUCCCUCAGAACAUUAUUGAACAGCGAUGACUUCUCAAUGGACCUCAAUCCAUCGUCUCCGUUGAAGCUGUACUGCUGUAUAAGAUCACUGUCGAUCAACUUGUGGAAAUAUCCAUCAGAAUGUGUUUCAACGAAACACUGGCAAAUCUUUAUC